AUGGUGAGCUGUGGGCUGCCCAUGUGCAGGGUGACAAAAUUUCCAGAAGGUGACAUGGGUCAAGCUGUCAGCAUGUGGAAGGGCCUGUGGAGCAUGUGCUACGUUGAAAGCCUGGGAGAUAAGGAGUGCACAGCAUACCACUCUCCUAUAGCAGGGCCAGUGGGUCUGCAGGUGUUUCAGGUUCUCAUGAUCACCUGCGUCGUCACAACUUCGCUGGAUUUCCUGCUUCUUUUGACAGAAACGUGGGUAUGUGUCAUCUUCCUGGGUUCUGGUCUGAUGAUGGUGUCUGUGUCCUUGGCAACCCACAACUUCAUCCAUGGCUUCUCCAAUCUACUCCUGGGUUCCAGAGAUGGGAGCCUGGCUCUAUAUAGGCUGGGUCAGCUCCUGCUAAUUCUUCUGGGAGGGGCCUUGCUGUGGAAGAUUGCCCAGCUAACUGUGCUCUCCCCUGUUCCACAAAGGACUCUGCUGAGCCCUGUGCCCCAGCCAACAGUGCAUGGGGACCCGAGACCACGGGAUGGUGUUGCCCACAAUCAGCACCAGAUUUUCCUAAUCUGA